AGGGGAAGUGGGGCAAUUGUUAUGGCAGGCAGGCUCGCAGCAGGCCCGUUCGUGAUGUGUUUGUGUUCGUAACUUUGUGACUUUCCUCAUUAUCACGAUUUCUAAUUUUGAUUUUAUCAACUCGGAAGUGUUUCGAAAGAUGUGAUACUUUGAAAAUUAAAAUAUGAGUAAUGAAUCUUCGAGCCAGUCCCAUUAUAAUGUGGACGAAGUGUCCAGGCCCGAGGAUUUUCUAAACGCGAUUGCCAGCCUAGACCUAGACAGCAAUGGUAUCAUUCAGCAACAAAGUGAAAAGAUAAAAGUGCUGGAAGCCCAGUUGAAAUCGGUGAUCAGCGAACGAGAUUUGUUACUAUGUGAAGUGAGCAGACUUAAAUUCGAAUUGGAAAUCGCCGAUCUCAAAAGGAUUCACGAAGACAGAUCUGAUAAUAUGACCAAGGAACGUGAACAACAGCCUCCACAUGCAACGUACAUCAAUGGCAAUCUCAAUGGAACACUGGAGACUGAUACAGUUGACUCUGGGGAGCGAGCUUGUACGAGCUCUGUUUAUCAGUGCCAUGGCUGGUCCCAAAGUCUUACCAAGAAAAGCUCAGUGAGGAAUAGUACUGAGCUCAAACGCUGUAGAGUACAAAAUGUUAGGUAUGAGCUGUCUCAAGACCUAUUAGACAAACAAAUCGAAGUACUGGAACGGAAAUAUGGUGGCGUCAAAGCCCGCACUGCUGCGAUUGUUAUCCAGCGGGCAUUCCGGCAUUACAUGCUCCUCAAAAAGUUCGCCCACAUCACAGCAAUGGCUAAGGCGGAACGUCGUCUAAGUAGACGGAUACAGAAUUUUGAAGAAAGUGAGCGUAAUUUGUGUCCACUGCCCGAGGCCGAGUAUGAAAUCCAUUCGACUCCUCCUUUGCGAUCCAUGUCUUUGAGAGAGCACAGAAAUACUGGGUUCCACAUGCCACGAUCAUACUCAGGGAGGUGUGAUCUGACUUACUAUUCCUCCUCUUCACAGCAUUAUUAUUCACCACAACAGUUUUUUGCAGACCAUAAUAAAAAUGGUCUUAGUCCAGAGCCUCCUUUGAGUAGAGCUGCAAACUCGUCCCCGUCUCCAGACACCUCUACGAUGAGGUCUUUGCAUCGGAAAGUCCCCCCAGAAGUCCCAAAGCGAACAUCAUCUAUCACUUUGAGAUGCAUGGACACCCCAAACCAAAGUUUCAACACUUCAGGAACGCUGACUUUGAGCGGAAGCCUGUCAAGCGUUCAGUCCUCCGGCAGCGAUACACCGCCACAGUUUGUCAACUCACCUUCUCCAGCACCACCUCCUGCCACGUGGAGUAAAAAGAUUCCGGUCCACGAACAGAUGCAAUCAACAACUUCACUUCCUGUUUAUCAUCAUGAAGUGGCAUUAUCAUACAAGAUCUCAGAAACGGUGAGGAAGCGUCAGUAUAGAGUAGGUCUGAAUCUCUUCAAUAAGAAGCCGGAGAAAGGAAUAGCUUACUUAGUCCGUCGUGGCUUCCUAGAGAACACACCGCAGGGUGUUGCAAGGUUCUUCAUUUCACGGAAAGGACUAAGCAAGCAAAUGAUUGGAGAGUAUUUAGGCAAUUUACAAGCAAAAUUCAAUAAUGCAGUUCUAGAGUGUUUUGCAGAGGAAUUGGACCUCUCAGGAAUGCAGGUUGAUGUGGCUCUGCGCAAAUUUCAGACUUACCUUCGGCUACCAGGAGAAGCUCAAAAGAUUGAGCGACUCAUGGAAGUAUUUAGUCAUCGAUACUGCCACUGCAACCGAGAUGUUCUUGCUAGGCUGCGAAGUCCUGAUACUGUUUUUGUCCUUGCGUUCGCCAUCAUCAUGCUCAACACGGAUCUACACACGCCCAACCUGAAGCCAGAGCGGCGCAUGAAACUAGACGAUUUUAUCAAGAAUUUAAGAGGUGUGGAUGACUGUCACGACGUAGACAGAGACAUGCUCGUAGGUAUAUAUGAAAGAGUGAAAGCAAAUGAAUUCAAGCCCGGCUCUGAUCAUGUUACCCAAGUUUUAAAGGUGCAGUCUACAAUUGUUGGCAAAAAACCAAAUCUAGCAGUUCCUCAUCGAAGACUGGUCUGCUAUUGUCGUUUAUAUGAAGUCUUAGACAUUAACAAGAAAGAAAAGCAUAGCCUUCAUCAGCGCGAAGUGUUCCUUUUCAAUGAUCUACUAGUCAUAACAAAAAUACUCAGCAAGAAGAAGAACUCGGUCACCUACACUUUUAGGAAAAGCUUCCCCUUGUCGGGGUUGGUUGUCACCCUUUUCGAGUCUACUUAUUAUCCAUUCGGAAUUAAACUCUCUCAAAAAGUUGACAGUCAGUUGCUCAUCAUUUUUAAUGCAAGGAACGACCAUGACCGCUGCAAGUUCGCUGAAGAUAUUCGGGAGUCAAUAAGCGAAAUGGACGAAAUGGAGAACCUCCGUAUCGAAUCUGAACUGGAAAGGCAGAAAAGUAGUCGAGUUGUGAGAUCCUCCAGUAAUAACGGAAGUCCUGACAAUAGAGAUAGUGGAGUAGCAGAUGUUGAGGUGUGUCCGCUAGUAAGCACAUCACCCAGAAAUGAACCUGCGUCAAUCAAAUUGCCGGUAGACAAUCCAGCCGUUUUAAAACGAUCAGCCCUCAGUAAUUCCCUGCUCGACAUUCAUGACCAAUUCGGUGCGGAAAAAGGGCAACGGCGGGGAAGUGUGGGAUCCCUGGACUCAGGUAUGUCUGUCUCCUUUCAGUCGACGUCAGCCAGCACUGUGAGUAGAGACUCCUCCCCGCAGAGCAUCUACCCCAAAAUGAACAACGUUCCUGUCUCCAAAAAUCAGUCCUCGUUCCUCGGAGGCCUUUUCGCCAAGAGGGAAAGGAAAUCUUCUCGAGCAGAAGAAAUCGUCCAACCAAGCCGAAGUACGGAAGUUUAACUAUCUCGUUGACCCGUGAAUUUCGAAAAGCUGCUUACGUUUUUAAAGGUUUGCAACACAUCCAAAGUUUUACCUAUCUCCAUCGUUUCAAAGUAUGUACCUUGAGAUUCAGACUUAUUUGACAUUUUGUAUAGUUAAAGGGUUUUUUCUCAUCAGUAAGUGUCGCAGGUGGAUUGACAAGUGCCUGUGGUGCCAACUGGUGAAAAUUCUCUUCCCCUGUCCACCUCAUGACAGAUUUUGGACGUUUUGUUAGUGAGACUCUUAAGCGUGUCUGGCCAAGAUAUUCUAAAACAUACUUCAUCCAUUCAGUGAUUUGGUGGAUUACAUCAUCUUAGAAGCAAUACUGCCAUUUUGGGGUGGGAAUUACUUUAGACAAUUUUAAUGAGUCCAAAUUGACGUUCUUCGUAAGUAUUAAGUAGUUUUUUAAAAUGAACACCUUAAAUUUAUCCAAUGUCUAACUUGGAGCUACCAAACCACCAGAACAUACUCUAGAAAUUGGUCAAUAGAAGAAAGUUCAGCCGGCAAGUCUGGGAAAAGUUCCUGAUGUUUCUCGACGCAACUUAGAAUUGAACCUUCCCAGCAGGUUUUUGAAAUGGAAAAUUGUAGCAUCUAGAAUUUAUGACCUUUUAUAAAUCAUUUGUGCUUAAUGCUUCACUGAUGCAGAAGCCAAAAUGCCCCGUAACUCUUCUUGCAAUCUGCUAUGGAAAAAUUGAAGUGUGCUCAUUUUAGCAUUGAAUGAGACACUAGGAAACAUAUUUAUGUUUCAUGAUAUAGGCUUUUUAACAUUUUGCUAGUGACUUAGUCCUUUAUGUAUUAUUGGCUCAUCCAAGGUUAAUAGACUCAGAUCAGCCAACUUGGGGACCAGUGGCGUGGCGUGAAUAAUCGAUUAUCGAUAUCUCGCCAUUUGAAGCUAUGGUAAAGAAUCGAUUACUAAGGUGUUCGCUGCGAACACCCCGAUAAUCGAUCAAUUUUCAUCGGUUUAAAUGGCAUAACAAUCGAUAUAUCGCAAUUCACGCCUUGCCACUGUUAGGGGCCGUUCAUGAAAUAUGUCUCGCUGAAAAUUAGAUUUUUUUUACUUUGCUCCCCUCCUCACUGGUAAUACUAGCCUGCGCCUCCUCAAAAUAAAUUACCUAAUGCUCAGAUGAAACCAUUUUCCCCUCACAUUAUCGUUUUGUGAUGAAUUUUGGAUUAAAAUUUGUCACCUCGCCGACUUCUCAUCUUAGAUUUUUGCUUAAUCAGCACUCCUCAGAGUGAUAUAAGUGAGAUAGUCUGAAGGAUCCCCAAGGCGAUAACCUUUAAAUGUG